AUGGGCAAGACAAGCCAGAUGAUUGAUGCAAUAGGAUCAGGAAUCUGGUGUGGUGUGACAAGCGUCGUGUCUCUUGGUGUGGAUGCUAUCUGCAGUGGUGUUUCGGCAGGAGAAUCCGUGGUUUCAGGCGUAGCCAGUUAUCUCCCCUUUCCCAGACGUUCUACUCCUGACGUGAAACCCCAGCAACGUGCUUCGGGGGUGUCAGAAAAAACCCCUUCAGAGGCGUCGAAACCGGCCGCCCCUGCUAAACCGGGGCUUCUACCUAAGGCGCUAUUUCGAACUUCCACCAAAGAUAAGGCCGACUAA